AUGCCCACCAACGAAGCCUCAGGCGCGAGCUGUGCCAUCAGCCUCGUGCCAACAAAAACAGACGACGAGCCAGAAACGACGGCAACCGAGGCGACAGCUUGCAAGGAGUAUUGCCACGAAUCCAGCCUAGAUCCGAUCACCCAUGUCUUCAAGGAAGUCGUGACCAUCGAAUCAACCAACUCUGCCCAAUUCAAAAUCCACCUCGACAUCAAACCGACUGCCUGCUGUGUGCUCGAAAAGACUGCUACCAACCAGUGCAGGCGGACAAAAGCUCGGAAAUCACUCCAACCACACGACUAUCUGGUCCAGUUCAUCUUCGAUGGAAUCAAAACAUCCACUGCAAAACUACUCCGAACCCAAACUGGCCGACAAACGUUUUCAAGAGUCAACUCGGUCGACCGCGCAGUCUCCCGCCCGUUCCAAUUCGCUCCGAUCAAGCUCGUCGACCCGGAUGACCCGGCCGAAGAGAUCUGCCAGAACGAAGAGAUCAUCAAAUCUCUCGGAACGAUCGAGAUCCAGAUCUUCAAAUGCAAACUUGUCUCCGACAAAAGCCCUGCACCUCUUGCGGGCUCUUCCCUCGCCAAAUCCACAAAUCAGAUGAGCUUCUCGGAGUCUAACAAGAAGGCCCGGCUCGCCUGUACCGCCGGCUUGGGCGAACCUACAAUCAACGAACGCACGGAUUGCCCAACGUAUAUCGUCAAACACAAAGCUGUAUUCCCGUUCCUUCAUUUUGUAUUCCGGUACAAACCACGAUCAAUCUUGAUUGCCGAAAAGAUCAUCCCAAAUCCUGUUGUACCUACCGAACCUCCAGCGACAGCCUCCAGUACAGCAUCAACAUCCAAACCAAAACCGCCCCCGAAAUCAAUCACGAUCGAUUCGGACUCUGAACCCGAAAAUAACUACGCCGAAACGAGCAAAUCAAAGAAAACGAACACGGAUACUAUAAGUGUCAAGGAUGAAGAUAGUCAGGAGAAUGGAUCUGUAUGUCAGUGUAACUGUAAGAAUCGACGACCAGCCGAGGGUGCUGGUCAGGUCGGCGAGAGCUCGGAUCAAAAACGACCAAGACUCUCUGAUCCUGAUCAAAAACCUAAAGCCAACCCACAUACAUCCCAUCCCUCAAAGCCGAUCUUCAUCGAUUUAACUUUAUAA